AUGUCGAGUUAUAUGCCCCUUCCCGAUCGCAGAGCUUCUUCGGAAGAUGAAAAGGACCCUCGUGCUCAACUUCGACCGGAUAUCGAGGCAGGGAACAACACACACCGUCACAAUGACUCGGAGCGAAGGUCGUCUCGCAUUCUCGACGGUCGCACCGUGUCCGAUGCCAUCAUCGGUCUUUCCGACGGCAUGACUGUGCCUUUCGCCCUAACGGCUGGACUCUCUGCGUUGGGCGAUACCAAAAUUGUUGUUUUCGGUGGACUCGCAGAACUCAUCGCAGGAGCGAUAUCGAUGGGACUCGGUGGGUAUCUAGGUGCUAAAAGCGAGGAGGAGUCAUACAAAGCUACAUUGAAAGAAACGGAGACGCAGACUUUGACGGAUCCCGCGUCUGUAUCUGACACCAUCUCCGACAUUUUUGAGCCCUACGAGUUGCCAUCUGAACUGGUUGCACAACUCAAAAAUCAUCUUUCUCACUCUCCUAUGCUUCCAUCCUUUCUCAUGAACUUCCACCACACUCUGCCCGAGCCCUCGGGCUCUCGAGCUAUCGUUUGUGCCUUUACAAUUGCCUUGGGAUACUUUAUCGGUGGAUUUAUUCCUCUCAUACCAUACUUUUUCGUCGGACCCCAUGAAGCCUUCAUCGCCCUGCGCUGGUCCAUUGCUACCAUGGUCAUUGCACUGUUUAUCUUCGGCUAUGUAAAGACAUGCUUUGUCAGUGGCUGGCGCGGUCGUCGAAAUAUCCGCAAGGGUGUCAUUGGAGGUAUACAAAUGGUACUAGUCGGCGGUAUCGCCGCUGGUUCUGCAAUGGGGCUGGUGAAGGGCUUCCAGAUGCUGGCUGAUAGUCAUGAAGACCACAAACAUGACUGA